AGCAACAGUCGAGUAACAGACUCGAUGCAGCGCGGUGGCACAUUCCAGAUAGCGUUACGCUUAGGAUUUCAGUACACGUCGAGUUGGCCACGUGCACGGACACGGACACGGACACGUCGAGUCGAGUCGAGUCGGGCGGUUCGCGUGCCCCAACCACGUUCCAGAAACAACACAGAAACAAAAUAGCUGCAAAUUCGCGUUACGGUUCGGUUCGGUUGCAAAAUCACAAUAAAACUCUAGUGAAAAUCGCCUCUCAAUUGAUUGGUUUGGCUUCUCCACGUGUUUGUUCUCGCUUAUCUGUUCCCAAUACUUGGUUUCCUUUUUGUUGUCAUUUUUUGCCUGUGCAAAUUCGAAAGUGUGAGAAGUGUGCCAAUGUGCCGGCUGGGAGAAAUGCGCGCCAAAAAUUGAGAAAUUUACUCCGAGAAAUGCAACAACAAUAUUUCCAUCAAUUCUGAAGAAUAGAAAAAGCAUUUGAAAGAAUGAUGCUCCCAAAUGUAUUCCCAAUCAUCAGAUGUAGAUUUCAAUUAAAUUGGUUUCGGUAAAACAUUAAUUUUGCCAUUAAAUGACAAUAAGAAAGAGUGUAAAAACUAAUAUCUCGACAGACUAAACUUCCAAUUAAAAAUAUUAAAAUUAGUCAAAUAAAUAACGUGCGCGUAAAUAUUGUUCGUGUUUUUUUUUGUAGCACCGAAAACCAAUAAUUUGUCGAAACUUUAAUUAGUUUACACAGAAAUAUCAGUGGAAAAUCAUCUAAAAGGAGAACCAAAAUGUAAUUAAUUCAGCUAAAUGUGGAAUAAUAAUAUUAAUAAUCUCCAGAAAUGAUCCGUUGACUCAAUCCGCAUCCAAAUUCAAGCUGGAAAAUCAACCAAAAUUCAAUAGAAAGAAUCAAAUAAAUGAAACAUUCGACCACCAACAUGGCGUAUGAUUAACAUACGCAUUUAUUGUUCGCCGGGAUUUCUGUGUUACGUGUGGAGGAGGGCGACUCCCUGGCUGAGUGAAGGAGAGGGAGACGGCAAUAAGACUGAAGCUGGCAAAUCCUCACACAAAAUGCGUCGACUAAGCAGCAGCAGCAGCAGCAGCAGCAGCAGCAGCAUUGCCAGCAGUCUUAUUAUCAACAAAAAACAACAGCAACAACAGCUGCUGGAGGGGAAGGAGCAGCAGCAGACCCUCGCCGAGCAGCGACCGAGGCGGAAGCAGAAGCAGCAGCAGCAGCAGCAGCAGCAGCAGCAGCCGAAGGCAGUGAAAGAGCAACGAAAGCAGCAACAAAAUCAAAGGUUAAUCCCGGGCCCACGCUGCCCACUGCUGCUGCCGCUGCUGCUGCUAAUGCUGCUAAUUGUUGGCCAAGCAGUUUACGCAGUCGCGGCCAGUGGCAGUGGGGCAGUGACGAACGGCACGGAUUGGAUGGCUGCCCCAUCAUCGAGCCACGAGCCAGACAAUGUGCACGGCGGGCACUCUGCCCUGCUGGAGGACGAGCUGCUUGUGGAGGAGGAGCAAUCGAAGACGCUGACCAUUUCGCGGCCACCGCGUGCAGGGCGCGGCGAGCGGCAGGCGGAGGAGGACCAGGUGGACCGCUGCCGGCUCUUCGUCGAGGGAGAUCCCACCAAGAACGAGCUGUACAGCCCCGAGUAUCCCAAUCUCUAUCCGAAGAACAUCAACUGCACGCGCGUGAUAACAGCGCCGAAGGGACAAAUCAUACGCCUGGACUUUCGCAACUCGUUCAAUAUCGAGGCCAAGGAGGAGUGCAAAUUUGAUUUUCUCGAAAUACGAGACGGUCAGUACGGCUUCUCCACGCUGAUUGGGAAGUAUUGCGGCACCGAUUUCCCACCGGAAAUCACAUCCAAGGAGCGCUACCUGUGGCUGCACUUCCACUCGGAUGAGACCAUCGAGUACACCGGGUUCAGUGCCGUGUACGAGUACCUCGAUCGGAAUCGCGAGGCGCCCAGCACCGACCUCAACUGCACCAUCGAGAAGGACGGCUACGAGGGCUUCAUCAACUCAACGGAUGUCCCAGCGGAUAUACGCGAGCAGGUCAUUCGCAACAAGAUAGCGCUCGACUGCAUUUGGCGCAUUCAGGUUAAGGAGAACUGGAAGAUUUUCCUCAAGUUCUUGGACUUUAAGCUGAGCAAACCGAACGACUGCGAGACCAACUUUCUGGACAUAUUUCCCGAGCAGACGGUGAUGCCAUUGCGGGUGAAGAACUUUUGCGGUUCGGCGGGCGAGAGCAUUACGGCGGAGUCAAACAUUUUGCACUUGCGCUUUUAUGCAGAUCAAAUCGCGAUUAAUUCGACGUUCGGCAUUCUGUACACCGCGUUCCGGGAUCGUGGAGCUGCCUGCACCGAGGACGAAUACGAUUGCGAGGACGCGACCUGCAUAUCAAAGGAUUUGGAAUGUAAUGGCCUAGACAAUUGUAAAUUUCGAUGGGAUGAGGAGAGCUGUACGGGCGAGACGGCUGGCCAAUCGGAGCAUGUGGUCAUCAUUGUGAUUGUGUUUGGCCUGAUACUCGGCGGCAUGGUCAUCACGUUCAUCGUCAAUUGCAUACGCAAGAUAAUACGUGAUCAGAAGAUAAUACGCGAACACAUCCGCGAGUCCAAGGAGAGCAAGCUGGACGAGAUGGGUCGCAGUUCCAAGGCGCGUUCGCGAGAGAACAUCUCAAGGCAAAAGCAUUCGCAGACUUCGCUGCAGAUACUGGAUGACGUCUCGAACCGCUACUACCGAGAGGCUGUGCCCAUGUCCACGCAGUCGAGCAAGGCCGAGUUCAAGGAGAAGGAGCACAGCAUCCUGCGUCGCCAGCCGGACAUGACCCAAACGAGUCUGUGCGGCAUUGGCAUUGGCGACGAUGGCGACUCGAGCUCAACCACAACGGCCACGCAUCAGCAACAGCAACAGCAUCAGCAUCAGCAUCAGCACGAGAUGAUGACAAAGGCGGCGAUGGCGACGGCACCAGUUAAUGCCUGCGAUAUGGGCUGUCAGACGAGGGAAUCGCUGUUCGUCAACAGUCCCGGCAUUGGUCCAGGAAGCGGAGGCGGAGGCGGAAGCGGUGGUGGCAUCGGUGUUGCCACACUAAUGAGACAAAAGUCCAGCUCGUCCUCGCUGGGCGGUGGCAGUGUGGCGGGCGUUGGGAUGCCGCCGCCGCCUCCACGCUUCUUCUCCACCUUCGGCUACGAGCCGGCGCCACAUGGCCAGGGAUCGCCCUCGUUGCCGCAGAGCACACCGCCGCCGCCAGUGGUCGGUACGCUGACACGACGCAGCAUGCAACAGCAGCAGCAGCAGCAGCAGCAGCAAAUGCAUCCCGAGUCGCUGGAGCUGGAGGAGCGACAUAGCGGCCGCUCGCAUUAUGGCGGUCUCAUGGCGACUGCCACAGCGAAGCCGCCACAGGAGAUCUGUCACCACCAUCACCAGCACCAGCAGCACCAGCAGCAGCAGCAGCAGCAGCAGCAGCGCAUGCAUCAUGUGCAUCCUGCCCAUCAGCAUCCACCAAGCAUUGCAGCGCGAGUCCCGGCCAUGGGCCUCCAGAAGGGACAUGGCCAGGGCCAGGGACACGGCCAAGGAAUGUGUCAGACGACGAUCCUGCCCGGCAAGCAGCCGCGCCAGCAGCAGCAGCAGCAGCAGCAAAAGAACGAAGAGUCCAAAGUAUUCAUCGACAUACGGAAUUCAGCGCCCGACGUGAUUAUCAUGACGUCCCAUUGACAUUUAAGGAUUGCCCGCCAAUCAGCAAGAACAACAGAAACAGAAACGGCAACAGAAACGGCAACAGCAACAACUGCGACCGGCAGGAAUAGCAGGAGGAGCAUCGGCAUGGAGCAGCAGCUGGACAUUGGCCAACAUAUUAACCGCAGCGACGCUGAUGACACAACACGGACACGGCCACGGACACGGACACGGACACGGACAUGGAGGCGGCAGCUCGCAAUCAGCUCGGGGGCAGGUGCAGUCCCUGUGCCUCCACACAUCCCGUUUGCAUUCUGUGGCACUUUGUGCUUUGCGUCUCUCCCCUUUCAUUUGUGCAUCCCCGAUGCAUGCCCCCUAAAGUUCUUCAAGUCGGCUCUGGCGUCACAGCAACUGUGAAGCGUCCCAGAGCCGCCACAAAAGCAAACAAAGGAGCGAAAGGUUUAAUUCAAUUUGGAACUGGUGUGGUUUUAAACCGGAACCGGGUGAAAUCUUGUACUGUUAAGAAGCGUAAACGUAAUUGAUUUGUUUUGUUUUGUUUAAGGCUCAUAAGAAUUGUUUCGAAAUCUUCGUUGGUCGCUCCUCUGUGGGGCUCGUCCCGGAGCUU